AUGAGUGAUAUUGUCAAACAGUCUUCAUCCAAGUCAUCAAAUGGUCCACAAACUUCAUACUGUCAGGAACACUCGUUUGAACGCAGGGCUGCUGAAUCCCGACGUAUUCUUGACUCCUUUCCUGACAGAGUGCCAAUAAUCGUUGAGCGGAGUGCUUCAUGGGCUUCCAAACCACUCCCUUACAUGGAAAAGAAAAAGUUUCUAUGUCCAGGUGAUAUUACUGUUGGUCAAUUCCAAUCCGUAAUCCGUAGACGGUUAGAAUUAAAUCAGCAACAAGGACUGUUUCUUACUGUCGCAAACAAGUUUCUGCCACCUUCAUCAGCACUGCUGUCGCAAGUUUAUGCUGAACAUAGUGACCAGGAUGGCUUUUUGUAUGUUGUUUACGCUACUGAAAACGUAUUUGGUCAGAUGCGCUGAUAUCUUGCUUUCCAUUCGUGUACUGAGCAUUCGUCUCCGCUUUCGUAUCAUCUAUUCCCAGAAUAUUUGGAUCGUAUUUAUCUAUUGCCUACCAAGUACAUAUUGACAAACUAAACAUGCCAUGCUUUUUACAUUCAACUCAGUAAAUAAACUGCAAAUACACCAU